CAAAUAUCAAACCUUUCAUCUCUAUAUCUUUAACCUUGACUGCUUCUCUUCUUCUACAAGAAACCAGAAAAAAAGAAAAGAAAAGAAAAAGAAGAGAUUAGGGAUGGGUUUCUUAGAGUUGUUGGAGGUGGCUUCAAUGCCAAUCGUUCAAGUUCUUCUUAUCAGCGUCCUUGGCGCUUUCUUGGCAACCGAUUACUGCUCUCUUCUCUCUGCUGACACCCGAAGAUCCGUGAACAAGCUCGUCUUCGUGGUAUUCACCCCCUGCAUCAUGUUUGCCAACCUUGCCGAGACUGUCACAUUGCAGGACAUUAUUUCAUGGUGGUUUAUGCCCAUAAAUGUUGGAAUCACCUUUCUAGUAGGAGGCAUUCUUGGAUGGUUGGUGGUCAAGCUACUGAACCCCAAACCUCAACUUCAUGGCCUCAUAAUUGCUACUUGUGCCUCAGGCAAUAUGGGGAACCUUAUGCUUAUACUGGUCCCUGCCAUCUGUGACGAGGAAGGCAGUCCUUUUGGGAAUCGUAGUGUCUGCAGAUCCAUUGGGCUCUCCUACGCAUCUUUCUCUAUGGCCCUCGGGGGUUUCUACAUAUGGACGUACAGUUACCAACUGGUAAGAAGCUCUGCUACACAGUUUAGAGCUCUUGAAGCCGCCGGGUUGGUCAAGUCUCCCAACAAGGACAUCGACUCUGAUCCCCACGCUCUUCUCCUCAAGCCGCACCAAAACCAAGACCUUGAAAUCCAAGGCAAACAAAAAGUGUCUACCAGGACAUACAUCAAGGACUUGCUCCAUCAGAUUCUUGAGGAACUCUUCGCACCACCCACCAUUGGUGCCAUUCUUGGCUUCGUCUUCGGAGCAACCAAUUGGCUAAGGAAUCUUAUAAUUGGGGAGAAUGCCCCGUUGCGAGUGAUCCAAGACUCAGUAAAGCUACUUGGGGAGGGCACAAUUCCUUGCAUCACACUCAUACUGGGGGGAAACCUGAUUCAGGGUCUGCGUUCAUCAGCUGUGAAGAAAUCAGUGAUUGUGGGAGUGAUAAUUGUGCGCUAUAUCCUCCUUCCCGUGGUGGGAGUCGGGGUGGUCCAAUUAGCAGGAAAUCUAGGCUAUCUUCCUCCAGACCCUCUCUUUCGAUACGUUCUCAUGCUUCAGUUCGCACUACCGCCUGCCAUGAAUAUUAGUAAUUACUCAAGCCAUCCCCCUUCACUUCAUUGUUAGCUAGAUACGGAUGAUUAAUCAUACACUAUAUAUAUAUGGAUUGCAGGCACAAUGGCACAACUGUUCGACGUGGCUCAAGAUGAGUGCUCGGUCAUCUUCUUGUGGACCUACCUGGUUGCAUCUUUAGCCCUCACCGUCUGGUCAACCAUCUUCCUCUCCAUCCUCUCCUGAGUCUGAUUUGAAAAGAAAAUGGAGUUUGUUUGGUCUCUUGUAUGGAUUUUUUUGAUUUGUUAAUACUCUCAUAGUAUUUUUGUUCAUUCACAUGUUGCCAAAUAAAACAGAGAAAGACAAAAGUAUGUAUGUUUCACAGUGUUGUGGGCUUUUACUCAGAAAAAAGGAAGUGAGGUAUGGGCUCAUAGAGAAAGAGAGAGCCCAAAAUUGGAGAGGCGUGUUCAAGUUGGCCACAGAAGAAGGGGAGACGUGCGAUGCAUCCUCCACGUUGCUUUGCUUCGAUUGGUUAAAACCUCUUCAAUCAUUUCUGAAACUUCUACAUUUCUUCACACCUGUCCUCUCCUCCUUACCUGUCCGUUUUUUGUUUAUUGUUCUGCUUUUUGAUAUACUGUAUCAAAGAUCGAUUAAUUAAUUUCCGAAUUCAACAGCUCAUUCAUUAGUUGAUUAGAAAAUUUAGUUUGGUUAAGCACAUAAGUAACACGAGUCAAAUGUCAG